AUGCGUACUACAAAAGCUAUUAGUCUUUUGGCCACUGCGUCUUUUGUGUCCGCGCAAGACCUUGCAGACUACGUGCGGCCAGAUACUGGUGAUACAAAUGGAGGCAAUACGUUCCCCGGGGUUACUUUACCCCUGGGCUUGGUAAAGCUUGGCCCAGACUUGUAUACUGGUUCGGAUUCAUAUUCGGGCUAUCAAGCGACUGGCAACUUUACCGGUUUCUCCAUGCUGCAUGAGAGCGGCACUGGAGGUGCACCGAAAUAUGGAGUCGUUUCUCAGAUGCCCGUUGCCGGCGGUGUCGUGAAUCCGCUUCUUGAUCACAGCGACACUAGAGCCGAGACAGACGUGACCCGAGUCGGCUACUACAAGGUCACCACUGGCAGCGGUGUCGUCCUAGAACUUGCAGGAGCUAAUCGAGCUGGAUUGUACAACUAUACGUUCCCGGCUACAACUACGACCCCUAAUAUUAUUGUUGAUGUGUCUCACGUGUUGCCCUCGUUUCGAGGUCAGGGGCUGGGCCAGAAUUAUCUUGGUGGAAACAUUACAGUAGUGCCCUCCUCCGAUGGCUCAUCUCUACGGUACGAAGGCUCAGGCUCAUAUGAUAAUGGGUGGAAUCGAUCUCCGCUAUGGACUGUCUACUUCUGUGGUUACUUCGAUCAACCAACGAAUUACAGAACUUUUGUUGCUACAGCCGCUGACUCGACAGAUCUCGUCUCUUAUGAUGAUACCAAUAGCGUGUCAUCUACAGCUCGUGUCGGUGCUGUAUUUUCCUUUGACUCGCAAAAAGUUACCUCGCGCGUGGGAGUUUCAUUCAUAUCGUCGGCUCAGGCGUGCAGCAACGUCGACGAUGAAGUGCCUACCGACGCCACUGUCUCAUCGUUGGAGCAGGACGCUCGAGCCUCUUGGAAUGAUGCCGUCUUGUCCAAGGUCACCACGACUGAUACCUCCAACACGACAAACUUGCAACUUUUGUAUAGCUCCUUGUACCACAUGAACAUAAUCCCCACCAACAAGACCGGUGAGAAUCCCAAAUGGACAUCAACGGAGCCAUACUAUGACGACACUUUUACACUUUGGGAUCUGUUUCGUUGCACUACAGCACUAUUCCACAUCAUACAGCCAGAGGCCUACGAGGAGUUUUUCCGUUCUCUGAUCGACAUUUGGCGCCAUGAUGGCUUCAUGCCCGACGCACGCUCGUCAUUCUUCAAUGGUGCAACCCAGGGCGGCUCAAACGCCGACAAUGUCCUUGCCGAUGCAUAUGUCAAGGGCGUUCGCGGCAACGUCAACUGGGAUCUGGCCUUCGAGGCCAUGAUGACAGAUGCCGAGGUGGUGCCACCCAACAACAAUGAUCCCAGGGACACGAGCUCGUCUACCAAGGAGGGACGUGGCGCUCUGCCGGAUUGGAUCAACCUCGGAUACAUUACAACCAGAUACGGCCGCUCCGUCACCCGGGCUAUUGAGUACGCUGGCAACGACUUUGGGUUGUACCAGGUGGCGUCGGGUCUGGGCAAGACGGAAGAGGCAGCCAAGUACCUGAACCGCUCUCGCAACUGGCGCAACCAGUGGAACCCAGACAUGACAUACCAGGACUUUUCGGGAUUCCUCGGUCCCAUUGACACCAACGGCAACUUUAUCGAUCAGGACCCCAUCUCGUGCGGCGGCUGCUACUGGGGCGACUACUACUACGAGGCGCUGCCAAUCGAGUAUUCGUUCAACGCGCACCACGACCUGGAGCACCUAGUGACGCUGUGCGGCGGCACCGACGCCUUUAUCGCGCGACUCGAGAUCAUGUUCUCCCAAGGCUUCUUCAACCCGGGCAACGAGCCCAGCUUCACGACGCCGUACCUCUUCAACUACGUCGGCCGCCAGGAUCUGACCGUCUACUACACCCGCUGGUACGCCAAGCGAUACUAUGCGCCGACGCCCACGGGCUUGCCCGGCAACAGCGACGCCGGCGCCAUGGAGAGCUGGAUCCUCUGGGUCAUGCUGGGCCUCUACCCAAUUACAGGGCAGACUACCUUUUUGAUUGGUUCGCCCUGGUUUGACGACCUGACCAUCCACCUCGGCGGCGGCAAGGAGCUGCACAUUACCACGACGGGCGGUUCCGAGGACGCCUACUAUGUACAGAGCCUCAGGGUGAACGGCAAGGACUGGAACCAGACCUGGGUCACCUGGGACGACGUCUUUGCCAAUGGCGGAACCAUGGAGUUUGUCCUGGGCACUGACAAUAUUGUCUGGGCCGACGGUCCUGCGCCGCCGAGCCCGGCUUCCCAGGGCGACAGCACCACUCAGGGCGCCGGCGUUGUGAGUCGAAUCAGGAGGCAACCUGAAUAG